AUGAAUGCCGCCGGAACGAUCUGUCUCGCUCUGUUCUUGACCAUCUUUGGCGUGGUGUUCUUCUGGUACGUCUGGAUCAGAACUUUUGAGUGGGAACUUGCUUUCUGGUACCGCGCGGUCUUGAGACAACGCGUGGAAAACGCAGUCGAAGCCGUGGCUGAGGAUGUCGAGAUGGCAGGAAGUGCUGCUGGUGGAAGCAAGGCUCCUAGCAACAAGUCUGGUGGUAAGGAAGGAGGCGAGGGCGGAAGCAAGAGUCCCAGCAAGCAUGGAAGCAAGAAGUCUGGCGAAGAAGGUGGUAGCAAGGCAGCUAGCAAGAAGUCGGGAAACCGGGAAGUAGAGCUUGAGCUUUACAGCGUGCGGCGAGAGGAAGACUGGAGGGAGACUGGAGGACAGGAAAGAAGGGACAGGAGAAAAGAGAGCUCUAUCUUCUUCGAUGCAGAGAACUUUCUGGCGAAAAUAAUGAACAACAACGGAAAUGGCAACCCAGACCUUUGGAUCUAA